AUGUCGCUAAACUAUUCACUGUUGGAUAAAUUUCACUCAUACUACGAGAGACGAGCUCAUAAUAAUAAUGAGUUAACAACAAAGUUGGUCAAACGUGUUGUGAUAAUCUCAGGAAUCUUUUUGUUUUGUGGAAUUGUUUCAUAUGCUCUCACAACUUUUGUAUUUCAUUUUUAUAAAGAAGACAAAUUUUCAAAAAACGAAGUAGGGCUUGAUCCAAUUUGCAAACGGCGAAUCGUCGGAUACUAUUCGGAAUACGAUUCUACAGAUAUAUCCAAGAACCAGCUGGCAAAACUGACGCAUGCAGUAUUUGCAUUUGUUGAUAUAAAAUAUGACGGAACUUUGCAGUUUAAAAAUUUGAUAACUGAACAAAAAUUCUUCAGUUUAAAAAGUAAAGCAAGAAGUUUGCAUUCAAAUUUGAAAUUGAUGUUUUCCAUUGGUGGAGAUGAGAAUUCAUUCGAUUUUUCCUCUGCUCUGGCAAAUACACAAAUGAAAAGCACAUUAAUAACAUCCAUAAUCGCGUUCAUCCAUAGUCACAUGAUUGAUGGAGUUGAUUUGCACUGGAAAUGGCCAACAUCAAGAGACAAAUCCAACUAUGCAACAUUGAUCCGCGAAAUUAGGGAGAAAGUUGAUGAACUUGACGCGAAAAUUAUAAUAUCUAUCACAAUACCCCCAGUUGGAGUUAGCGAUUGGGAAUCAGGCUUUGAUCUUGAUGCAAUUCAAAAACAUGUGGACUUUAUUAAUGUACACUCAAUGGAUUAUGCGAAACCGUUGCCGAAUCAAUGGGGUACACCUACUGGACCAUCUGCAUCCAUGAACUUCAACAUUGGUCUUAGGCAACAUUAUAAUGUUGACUGGACUAUGAAGCAUUAUACUUGUGAACUGAAGAAACCGAGCAUGAUUAAUCUAGUUAUCCCGUUCUAUGUGAGAAUGUGGAAAAAUGUUCAGAAAGCGAUAGAUAACAGAACAGAAGUGUUCAGAAAUGUUGAGUUAAAAGAUAAUGAAGUUGAAGGGAGAUCGCAACUUUCUCGAUAUACUGUCGAGCAUGAAGAUAUGGAAUUGUCCCCGGAAUCAUGGGACAAUGCAACACAAACUCCAUAUGUAUUGGAUCUGAAGACAAGAACGUUUUUUACGUAUGAAAAUGAGAAAAGUAUAAAGGUGAAGCUAGAUUAUGUAAACAAAAUGGAUUUGGGUGGAGUUUGGAUCUGGUCAGUGGAUAUGGAUGAUCGACUCAACACUCUUUUAAGUUUUGUUUUUCCAAAUGAAUUAUGUUCGUCAUAUAGUGAAAAUGGAAUAAAGUAUUCAUGUUAA